AUGGCGUUAAAGUGGAAAGGCCAAGCCCUGGAGGCCGCGGAUAACAGCCUGGACCGGAGCCAGGAAGUGAAUCUGGUGAAAAAGUAUCUGCCAAAACGAAACACGAGAGAAGAUCCGGAAUCCAAGUUCUGCCAGUACCAGGCCUUCCUGCAGGUGGUGAAGGAGCUCAAUGACUUUGCUGGCCAGAGGGAGGUGGUGGCGGAGAACCUGAUGACGCAGAUCUGUGUGGAGCUCUCCAAGCAGGCCCAGGAGCUCAAGCAGGAGAGGAAAUCGCACUUCCAGGAGGGCCGGCGAGCCCAGCAACAGCUCGAAAACUCCUUCAAGCAACUCGAAAAUAGCAAGCGCAAGUUUGAGCGGGACUGCCGGGAGGCGGAGAAAGCCGUGCUGACGGCCGAGAAGCUCGACCAGGACCUCAAUGCCACCAAAGCUGACGUGGAGAAGGCGAAGCAGCAGGCCAAUCUGCGCAGUCACAUGGCGGAGGAGAGCAAGAACGAGUACGCCUCCUUCCUGCAGAAAUUCAACCGUGACCAGAGCCAGUUCUACUUCCUGGAGAUGCCGCAGAUCUUCAACAAGCUGCAGGAGAUGGACGAAAGGCGGACGGUGCGGCUCAAGGAAGGCUACGGCGUCUUUUCCGAGACCGAGCGGCAGGUCAUGCCCAUCAUCGGCAAGUGCCUGGACGGCAUGAAGACAGCGGCCGACUCGGUGAACGAGAAGAACGACUCCCAGGCGCUGAUCGAGUUGCACAAGUCCGGCUUCGAGAGGCCGGGGGACGUGGACUUCGAAGACUUCAGCCAGCCCAUCAACCGCACUUCGUCGGACAGCAGCCUGGGGACGCCCCGGGGCACCCUGGACGGCCGGCUGGACCCCCGUCAGCUGGGCAAGAACAAAGGGAAGCGCUGGCCCUUCAGCAAGAAGAACAAGCUCCCCCCUCCUCCCCUGUCCCCAGCCAUCUCUAUCCCUCUUCCUUCCUCCUCGUCUGCCACCAACGGACCUCCGUCCCCCAAAUUCACCCGGGACCCUCUGUCUUACUGUCUGAAUGAGAUCAAUAAGACAGUCAAACCCCGCAUCACCUCUUUCCGCAGCCUCAAACGGGGGCCUGUGAUCACGGAAGAUUUCAGCCACUUGCCACCAGAACAGAGGAGGAAAAAGUUGCAGCAGAAGAUGGAGGAGAGGAGCCGGGAGCUGCAGAAGGAAAUCGACCAGAGAGAUGCCUUAAACAAGAUGAAGGACGUGUACCAGAAGACGCCGCAGAUGGGCGACCCCGCAAGCCUGGAGCCAAAGAUCUCAGAGACCCUCAACAACAUCGAGAAGCUGCGGCUGGAAAUCCAGAAGUAUGAGUCGUGGCUGACCGAGGCCGAGGGUAGAAUGCUGAGUAACCGGUCGGACAACAGCCUGAGAUACAGCCGUCCGCCGGACCCUGCCACCACCCUGAACAACAACGGCUCCCACGAGAAGGACAGCCCGGACGCCACCCACUCGGACGACAGCCAGGAUGCCCUGAACCAGCCAAUCUACACGGAGUUUGAUGACGACUUUGAGGAGGAGCUGGCCUCGCCCAUCGGCACCUGUGUGGCCAUGUACCAGUUUGAAGGCUCCAGCGAAGGUACCAUCUCCAUGACGGAGGGGGAGGAGCUGAGCCUGAUGGAGGAGGACAAAGGAGAUGGCUGGACCCGGGUGCGGAGGAGCAAAGGCGGCGAGGGUUACGUGCCAACGUCCUACCUGCGGGUCUCGCUGAACUGAGCGCGGGACUCCCCGCCCAGCUGGAGAGCGGCUGCAGGGGGUAGACUGGGGGGGUAGAACGAUGCUGCUGGAUCCUGGGGUGGGAUUCAUGGGCACAGGCGUGGAGGUGGCCUGUGGCCCUGUGGGCAAGCAGUGGUGCCCACUUGCACAGCCGAGUGCCUGAGAGGGGAAGGAGAACCCCCCACCUCCCUCUCUGACAGGCCUGGAGGUGCUUUGUUUCAGCCCAGCCAUCCCGGGGUGGGGAGGAGCGGGCGGCGGGUGGCUUGCAGUGGGUGCAGCCGGGGUCGUGCUGGGUUUCUGGCUGCUGAAUAUAGGGGGCUGGUAUCUGCAUUUGUGCACCCUACCUCCACCUCCUGUUCUAUGCCCUGUGAGUAAUACAGCUGCAGCCCUCCUCCCCCUGCCCUAUGCUGCAGGGCCUGGGCUGUAAACCCCCUUUCCCCUGGGGUGCUGGCAAUAAUCCCUUUGUCCACAAGGGAUAUGAUUCACACUCCAGGGCGUUCCCAUGCUGCCCCCCACCCCUCCCAGGCAGGGCUCAUUGGAGCCUGUUGUUCCCCCUGCCUAGGUGGGACACGUGGCGGGGGAAGGGAGCUACACAGCCCCCUGCUCGCAUAGGGGUGAGGUUCAGUGGGGGUGGAAUAAAGGGGGGGGCUUACGGACUAGAAAAUGCAUCCUCUCCCUCGGUUCUUCCAUGCUCGUCCCCCUGCCUGCAUAUUAAGCAUCAUGCUGAAUUUCGGUUGGGUGUUUCUCUCCUGGGAUUUGAACCCAGCCCGCUGUGGGCUGGCGCUAGCCUGGAGGUUAAGGGCAUGGGCGCCCCCGGCCCUGCACCUCAGUGAGUUCUCUGCCCAGGCCUGUGGGUCUGAAUUCUCCUGUCCCACCAGCUCCAUCAUCUGCCGAUCUCCAGCCUCUCUCCUUCCCACCUGCCACCGUGGCCACGACUUGCACUUUAUUCCCCAGACUCGCCCAGCCAAGGAAAAGAAAAAAAAAAAAAAGCAAAAAGUGCCUGCUGCAUACAUGUAUCUGCCCCCAGGGCUCUGAGCGGCUGCCCAUCCCUUCCGUGUAAGAAUUCUUUUUUUUAGAGGACUCUAAUAUAUUAGUCUUUUAUACAGUGACCAAUUACUGCUCUCUUAGCCUACGCCGCAGUUAACCUGUAACAAGUGUAAAUUGUCUUGGCUUCUCUUCACCCUGUGGAGGGCGGGGGGCAGGUCUUGUCUCCCCUCUGCUUCUGAGCCGCGGUGCUGGAGGUCGCUGGGCCGGACCCCUGGCGCUCGAGCCGAAGAAUGUAUUCCCACUGCAGCCUGGUGCCUUUUACACUUUAUGUAAAUAGUUGGGUUCUCCCCCCUCCCCCUUUGCCUCCCAUGAAGUUUUUAAGAAGUUUAUAAAAACGAUACAGAUUCUG